AUGAGCAAGGAGGAGAUGAGAGAACCUCCAUCUUGCAGCCCACCCUUGAGCAUGAGGGGGCAGUUCUCCCUGUUCCUGGAAGGAGCAGCCACCUCAUCCUACAGGACUAGGGAGGUGAUUGUCCCCCUCCCCCUGUGCUCGGUACUGCUGGAGAAGCACAUUGUGCAUCUCCAGGAGGAGCUGGACUGGGAACAGGAAGAGCACAGCUAUUUCCAGCUGGAGCAUGACAUGAUGCACACCCUCUGGGAGAUCACCCGCUGGCAGCUGGAGGAGAAGAGAGUGGAGCUGUGCAACAAGGACUGGGAGAUGGAGGAGCAUCAUUCUGCAACACAGCAUCAAGUGGAGAUCAAGGUUUACAAGCAGAAGGUGAAGCACCUGCUGUACAAACACCAGGAAAACCUCACUGAGCUGAAGGCAGAGGGCAUCCUGUCUGUGAAGCUGGCCCAGGAGAUGGAGCUGCAGAAAGACAAGUGCUCCUUGAAAGUGAAGCUUGUGAGAAAUGGCUUCUUGGCUAUAAAAGGAUGGCUGAUGAUGAACCACAAGAAGGCCUUCAAUGACAUGAAGAACUAGUACAAUGACAUCACCCUUAAGAACCUGGAGCUCAUCAGCUUGCUGAAGGAGCAGAUCAAGGACUUGCAGAAGAGAGUGAAUCACUUGGAAAAGAAGGUGGAUGUACUGCUCCAGAGCAAGCAGCUGAAGGAGUCCCUGCAUCAGGCACAGGAGCAGGUGUUUGAGCUGCAGAAGUUGGUCCACUAUGACAAGAACAAGGAGGCCCAGAUGAAUACAAAAGCCCAUCUGAAAGUCACCUAGAAGGAACUGAAGGAUCUUCAGUGGGAACACGAGGUGCUGGAGCAGAGAUUCAGUAAGGUGCAGGAAGAGUGAGAUGAGUUCUACCAGAAAUUCACCAAAGACAUUAAGGAGGUGCAGCAGAAGACAGGGUUCAAGAACCUGCUCCUGGAGCACAAGAUGAAAGGACUCCUCAGUGUCCUGGAGAAAAUGGAAGUGGAGCUCAGCGAGGUCUUUGCUGCCUCGAACCUUGACCUGGGCCCCCUCACCUUGGUCUCACACAGGCUGAAGGACAUACUCAAUUCCAAGAAUGCCACCAUCAAGUACCAGCAGCUCCAGCUGGCCCAGGUCUGCAAGGCAGGGGUCACCAGUAUCGAGGCCAUAUCGCUGAAAUUGCAGCUGCUCUGGACAGGGCACGUCUGCAAGAUGGAGGAUCACUGCCUCCCUAAUAUCGUGUUUUACAGUGAACUUGCCACCAGCUGCCGCAAGUGCACCAAAGAGGAGAUAUAA